CUCCUCCUCGCUAAUGGACUGAUAAUUGCGUCUGCUAUUGUGUUCACCAUGGGCUUUUUCCGGCCGAUGCCCCCCUCAUCGGCAAGAAAAGCACCGCCAGACAGGCGCCCUUUUGCCCAAAAAGCCCCCUUCGAGAAAGUGGUGUUUUUGAUGAUUGAUGCGCUCCGCAGUCUGAUCCGCUCCGGCGCAGCCAUGCCUUUUACCAUGAAAACGGGCUCGCCAAGUCUGACUAGAGCAUGUAUAAAGGCGAUGACUGUGGGCUCAGCCUCCAUGUUUUUGGACGUCUUUCACAACGCUGAUGAUGGACCCGGCACGCCCGAAUCUAUGGAUACGUGGUUAGCGCACCUGAAAGUUGCUGGAAGGGGAAGCCUACUCUUCUACGGCGACGACACGUGGGUGCAGCUUUUUCCCGAGGUCUUUGACCGAGGAUGUCCUAUCUCGCCGUUAUUCGUCCCAGACAUUGAUUCACCAGACCUGAACGUGUCCGCCAAUGCCAUGAUGGAGCUUCAGCGCGAUGACUGGAGCGCACUGGUCCUCCACUUUCCCGGCAUCGACCACGUCGGGCAUAUGGGUGGCGCGGACAGUGAAUUCAUGGCACCCAAGCAACGUCAGAUGGAUGCUAUCAUUCGAGAGACCUAUGAAGCUCUCGAGGCGGAGGCACAUCUGAAAUCGACACUUUUCGUGGUUGGAGGCGACCAUGGGAUGGAUCGGUGGGGGGGUCAUGGCGGUGCAUCGGACCCUGAAGUCUCGGCCGCGAUGAUGUUCAUCUCGCCACAUUUCAAGUCGCUCAAUCGAAGCUAUGAGUCUCCUGCAGUACCCACCGCUGGCACCUUUGACUACUACACUGUCAUGCAGCAGGUCGAUAUUGUACCUACCAUGGCAGGGUUGCUGGGUGUUCCUAUACCUUCCGCUAGCAUUGGGGUCUUCAUUCCCCAACUUCUUGAACUGUGGAGGGAUUCCACGGAUCAAGUCAAUCUUGUUCUUGAGAAUCUCGAGCAUCUUCGAGCGUUAUCUUGCGAACCUUAUACCGGGAUGGCUGCAUGCGAGAUCGACCUUGACUGGCAUGGUGUACCACAUGAGUCUCUCAGUGAAAGGAGCCUAGGAGAGCUUUCUCUGAUGAGCAAAGAGCUUCAGAAUAAACUAAAAGAUGCGACGGCCGGAAACAUGCACGUGCCUCUUCUUCACUAUGCCAUUGCAAUUGCCGUGAUCGCACUUCUACUUGCCGGGGUUACUUGCAAGUCAAUUCCUCCGCUGAGCAACAACUUCUUGGGCUUGAACCUCUUUCAACUUGUCCACGGCCUUACUUUACUCUUCCCAUUCCUCGUGGAGAAAGAGCAUCUCUUUUGGUUCUGGGGUUCUACCGUAUGGAUGGGCUGGGUAAUCUUCACUACCGGCCGCUCUUCCUACAUACUAGGCCUCGGUAAUUGCACCCCCCUUUUCUUGCACAUACUGUCGCAGCGGUGGAAUAUCCAUGAUCGGGACACAGCCGAGAAGAUAUACAGCAUUCAAAAUCUCUUCGACGGACGUCCCCUUUGUCUUUGGUUUCUGAUUGCAGUGACCCUUCUCCACACCUCCUACACAUUCACAGUGCACCGUAGGAGGAAUGUGGCUCGUGACGCUCAAGAAAAACCACUUCUUGUAUUCGCUCACCGAGCAAUACUCCUGCCCGUUUUUUUGUUCAAGUUCGCCUCUGCAGCCCGGGCUGGCCCAGGUCUCAUUGAUCGCGCCCCUGAAUGGCUGCAGGUCAUUAUUCUGGAGCAGCUUCCCCUUACGCGGAUGGCUCAAUUUAUCUUUGUGUAUCUAGCUAUAGGGGGCGGCUACGUGAUCCUGCGCUCUUCGACCGAACUCCCCGCUCUACUUGAAGUCCUGAACCUAUACUUGUUCAUGCAGACUAUCCCCGGCAAUAUCCCGCUUCUUCUGAUCUACCGCAUUCAGCUCGAGUGGAUCGUGUCUUCGGCCGCAAACCUCAGCGCCUUUCAAGUUUGCUUCUCCAUCGUCCUGUUCAUCCACAGCGCAUUCUUCGCCUGCGGCAACGCGAACACGAUCGCCGCGCUCCGAUACACCGAGGGUUUCAAUGGACUUCAAGCCCACCACUGGCUGCUCAGUCCCGUGCAUACCUUCUGCAGCAAUUACGCUGGUCCGAUCUGGUGGAGCGGGAAUGGAUUACAACUGCUGGGCGCGACCGGGCAGGGAGAACGCGGUGGUCGUAGUGGCUUUUGCGAGCACCUGGGGCUUCGGACAGUCUUCGUGGCGUAUGGUCUUGUUGGCGCGAUGGGAGCAUGCUACCUGCUUAGGGGGGAGGCCGUCGUUUGGACCGUCAUGGCGCCCAAAUUCCUGUAUACGGUUUUGUGGACGGUGCCCUUUCAUCUGCUGUUCAAUAUGGCCAUG